AUGACGGUCCCCACAAACCCCGAUGGGGCCGAGGACGUGAAUGACUUCCUACUGCGCAUUCGGGAACUCGGCGAGCGCCGCGACAAGGAAGAUGAAGAGCGCACCAAGAAGCUGGAGGAGGAGAUUCUACAAGGCCGCAAAGAGAGACAGGCCCGCCGAGCCGAGCGAGCACGGUCCAUCGCUGGAUCCCCUACCCUAAAUGCCUUUAGGCUGAGUGCUUCUUCCAUCGGCCAGCCGUCGGCCAUCGACCCUCCCGAACAGCUGGAGCCGACACUACAGACACCGGAUCCCGAAACACCGGGCGGAGCGAACUCGAGUCCAGAGCGAGACAUACUAGGAAGUGAUAUGAGACGCGGAUCAGUCCAGGACACUGAGACGGAUUCUCCCUCGCGAGCGAUGCCAACCAUGUCACGAAGCCGAGCGGGGACUUUGUCAUGGCAACAGCGCCCGUCUUCUCGUGGAUUUGGUAGCACGUCCCCUGGAUCGGUAUCACCGACUCGGUCCAGCCAUUUGAGAAACGCUUCCACAGCCUCGGACGCCAACGAGCUAUCCCGUGCUCAGAUUGCACAGUCCCUCUCGUCCAAGGAUCCGUCAUGGUUUCGCCAAACUCCAGACCGGGGAUUGGGCUCACCAGCAUUCCGUAAGCCCGAGGAACGGUCUGAUAGUCCAACAGAGAUGAGUGCAGGGCGUCGACUGCCAGGGUUUAGUCGUGACUCUACCGCAGAGCCGGAGAGGGCUGAGGAAGUCGAGGCAAGGUCGCCUUCUCCGCCAAGAACCGCCUCUACUGUCGGUGAAAGUAACUUUAGCAACCGAUAUUCAAGCGUGUCAUCGGUGUCCCCUGCGACUGGACUUGGGUCUCCAGUGACCUUAUCCGAGGCACCAAAGCUAGAUCCCCCGCAGAACGAGUCGGAGAGAGAUCCAAUUCCGGCGUCUCCAACUCAGCGCCGAAUGUCACCAGAGCGAGCCCGUUCAACGUCGCCCACGAAAGGAAUGGGAGGAUUCGUGCAAAGUGCAAUGAUGCGGCGUUCUGAUAGUGUAUCGAAGCGGUGGAGUGCACAACUACCACAGGGAUUAAGCCGAAGUAACUCAAUUAUGUCAAACCGCAAUAGCGUGGCAGGGCCAAGUCUCACCGCGAGUGUCAGUGACAUGACUCCCACAGGUGUCACGCGACGAGCGAGAGACACUUCCCCGCUGCCUUCACAACAACGACCCAGCUCAAGUCACAGUGAAGCAACCGUGCACCCCCAAGAAUCCACUGAAAGACCAACAACGCCCUCUGGUCCCAGGAACGAGACGCGUCCUGAAGGCAGCCCAGGCCGACCUGCAUAUUACGGCCACUCCAGAUCGACCAGUUCGAUGACUGCUGACAGCAUGACGGGCGAUACCCCAUCAAGCCCCCUCACGUCUCGAACAAUGGACCCCAGACGCUGGAGUCCAACCAAAGCCUCCUGGCUUGAGAGUGCGCUCAACCGUCCAGAAUCUCCUCGGACUCAGAAGCAGCCGCCACCCCAACAACCCUCAUGGGUACGUGACCGACAAUCUCGAGGCAGCGUCGAUGCUGGCCGUGUGAACAACUUCAAAGAAGUCACCCCCAUUGGCUUGAUGCGAACACCCCCGCCCGGUAGCCACUUCAAGAAGCCAAGUCUUUCUGGAGCUCCUCCGGCCUUCGGUCCCCUCAGUACAACCAAAACCCAGGAGCCAGAGUCAGAACCAGAGCCGCCUGUUCCUGCUGUAGCAGAAAAUGAGCCUCUCCCAACGAAGGCGGAGCCCGUCGAAGAAGAGCUCAAACUCGAUGCAAACGAAGGACCGGAGAAAGAGGAAGAGCCAAAGGAGGAAGAGUCGACCCCUGUCUCUCCUUCUGUCACCCCCAAAGUCCACUCUGAACAAGUACAAGCGCAACCCAGAAAGACCACAGAGCCUGUACCAACUCGCAAAUCCCCACCACCCGCGCUGAGCAUGAAGCCAAAUUUCUCUCUUCCCCUUCGAGACCCUAUUUCGCCCAGACCCAAACCCCAGUCCCCUGUCAUUGACUUCCGAGCAAACCUGCGGAAACGCGAGGUUGCCAAGGACACUGGUUCCCAAGCCGAGCCCGAAUUCAGAAACGUGUUUGGCAAACUUAAAAAGACCGAGACUCGCAACUAUGUCGCACCGGACGAGCUCAAGGGCAACAUCCUCCGCGGAAAGGCUGCCCUCAAUAUCACUGGUGGUCCCAAGAAAACUCAGCGUGUCGAUGAGCUCAAGGAGAGCAUUCUCAAGCGGAAAGAAGAAAUGAAGGCCGGCGGGGGAUCUAUCAGGCGCAACACACUAGGGGAAAAGGAUGCUCCUGAGAAGCCUGCUGCUGCUGUGCCUGAAGCCAUUGCCAAGCGUCAGCUCAUGAACAAGACAACCAGCAUCAAACGAGACGAUGAGCAGACCCGCCCAAUGUCCCCUGCGGAUUCUACAGUGGAACAGCCUCUCUCUCCAGCCCCACUGGCUGAGAAAAUCAUUCCCAUGGCAGAGCCAGAGGUUGUCUCGCCAAUUCCUAGCCCGGAGCCUACCAUUAUCGUGGAUGCGGAGCCAAUCUCGAGCCCCAAGGAAGCCCGCAAAUUCAUCGCUGAGGUUGUUAGCACAGAGGUUGCGCCAGAACCAAAACCUGCCCACGAGACAGCUAGCUCGGUUCGUGGCUUGCCAUCAGCGAGACGACCAACCGCAACCACGCCCACUGUGAAUCCAUACUCGGCUGCCAAGGGGAAGCUCGCAGGCCGAAUCAACCCUGCACUUGCAAAUAUCCUCGCUCGUGGCCCUCCAGUCGCCGCCGAUGGUCCCAAGAAAGAUUUGGUGGUUUCGCCUUCUGGCGAGAGCUCAGCUGCGACUCCCUCGGCACCGCUUACACACAUGACGAAAGCCCGCGCUCGAGGACCCAAGAGAAGACUGCCUGGUGGCUCUACUGUUUCAGCUGCCCCAGAUGCUGUCUCAUCCCCACAGGAUAUUACGGAGGUUGGUGCCAUUUCUUCUCCUGAAGUCCCAUCCUCGCAGACAAUUCCCGAGCCCGAGGUCUCUCCAGAGUCUCACUCGGAGAACCUGCCGAAAGAAAGCCCAGUUCCCAAUACUGAAACCGCUCGAGCAGAGAGCCCCGUUACCACGAAACAGCUCCCAGGUGUAAGAACCAGCUUCCAGAAUGCUCUCAACAGCGGACUGCAGUUUAGACUGGGUAGCAUGUCGCCUGUAUCACCAAUGUCGCCAAUGUCGCCCAUGCCACCCGCUUCACCAACCUCGCCCAUUUCUACACGAGACGCAACCGCCGCCCAAUCUCCCAGCGGUCUUAGCGAUAAAGAGAACUUCAGCCAUGAACAACAGACUCCGAGGGAUGUAAGCCCGCCAUCAAGCCCCCUUUCAACCAGGCCGCCCGUCCCACCAAAGCCAACCUCGUCGCCAUCGCCGGUAUCAUCAUCGCCUUCAACUCCCGUAGCCAGGCCACAAUGGGCGCAGCCUCCCCGAUAUGCGUCGCCUUCUUCCCCGUCACCUCUACGGACGAGUUUUAGGGAAAACCAAAUGGAUACACCGGCCACGCCAUCCCACAAACCGCUUCCUGGCAUGAGCGCUGUCGACUCUUCCUCUCGAUCCAAGGCUCUCCCAUCCCCGCCAGCUCCUUCUAGGCAAUCUAAUAUCUCACUCAACAAGCCCAAUCAUUCGCACCGAUUGUCACGCAAAAUGUCUGCUCCCUCUCUAGUCGCGCAGGCAGCUGAAGCCCGCGAAGUCAUCGCUGGUUUCUUCAAAGCCUUCCCCAAUCCGCGAGACCGUAUGAACAUCGACCCACAGUUGAUGUUGACAGGCAAACCCGACGCGACAAAGAUCAGAACUGUCAAGCGCUACAUCUGGGAGCUGACGGGUGAUGGAAAGAGACAAGAACUCCCUAUCAACCAGGAGUACGUUCUUUACGAGGGAAGCAUGUAUCUAUGUGUUCAUCAGUUCGAAGCACAAGGUAGCGGCAGCACCGAAGUGUAUCUUUGGUGCGGAGAUGAUGUCCCAGAAGCGGCGUUAGAAGAUGCCCAGCUAUUUGCUCGCAAGGUGGGCCGCGAGAACGGCUGCAAGUUGGUCGUGGUUCGACAGGGUAAGGAGCCUGUGCGGUUCAUUCAAGCACUCGGUGGGAUUAUUAUCACGCGCCGUGGAUUCAGCUCUCGCUCCAACUCGUCUGCUUUGUACAUGCUCUGCGGUCGAAAGCAUAUGGGCCAGAUGGCCUUUGACGAAGUCGAUUACUCAUUGCGCAACUUGUGUUCCGGAUUCCCAUUCGUGAUCUCUGCGCCUUUCGGAAAAUUGUAUCUCUGGAAAGGUCGAGGCAGCGGUCCGGAGGAAACAGGUGCAGCUCGACUGAUCAGCAUGGAUCUCGGCUUGACUGGCGAAUUUGAAGAGUGUGAUGAGGGCCAAGAACCAGAAUGCUUUUUCGAAGACUUCGCCGGUUCUAGUGAAGGCAAUUCCCUUUUGACCUCGGACUACUGGCAGUUGAAGCCGAAGUAUGAUCACUUCCGCACAAGGCUGCUCCGUGUCGACCAUGAACUGGCCCAACCCACCCGCUUCUGGAUGCGCCGUCCUGGCUCGGGGUCCCCGGUUGUUCGGCCGAAUGACACUGUUCAGGAGAUCGAGCCAUUCUGCUACAAAGACCUGACGGAGAAGGAUGUUUACGUCCUGGACACAUUCUUCGAGAUCUACGUCAUCGUCGGUGAACAAGCCUCCCAGAAAUCAGCCGACUUCGCCUCCGCAAUUGUCUUCGCCCACGAGUACGGCAUCCUCGCCGCAUCUCUCCAAGAUCGCCCCUUCAUCCCCAAGAGUUUCGUCGCGCUAGGCGGUAUCCCAGACCGAUGCCAAAGCGCAUUCCGCAAAUGGGACCCUCAUUCCCUCAGCGCACCCUGCCUGUUCCCCCUCGAGGUGGUCAUUGAAGCUAUCCGCUCGCACCAGCGAGGAGACUAAAUUUCGUGCUAUGUAUUGUUGCAUGCCUUUGUGAUUUUCUCCAUUUUCCAUGUGCUUUUCCUGUUUUAGUACCUUCCUGCGGUUCUUUUUUCUCAUUUCUCUGUGCAUAUUUCGGUCUGUAAAGAGAGCAUUUGCGGCAGGGGAGGAUGGAGUCUUUUUUUUGAUUUUACCUUCAUGUCUGUCAUCUUGAUCAUUGGUGCACUGUGCCCUAGAGGAGGGAAGCAUCGCGGGAGCAUUCUGGGUUGUACAUCUACUACAUUUAACAUUUGAGACAUCUUCGGUAUAUGCAUAAAUCAAGUAUCCGG